AACCCAUUUAAAGCCCAGCGAUAGGAGGAGAGCUAGAGCGUUAUGAGGAGAGAUUUCCCCUCUAGUCAUCACUGUUCAUUUGGUGUCUGUCAGAGUUAGACUCAGCUAGCUAAAGGUUAAAACUCAGUAAGAAAAAGAGUUGAAAUGAGAAUCAUCUCUGUAGUUGCCUGGUUCUUUACCCUUCUCUGUCCCAGCCACGGGAUUCAGGUGAUGCAGCCUGUGAAUCGAACACUUAACCCCGACGGUACUGUCUCCAUCACCUGUAGUCACACAAACCCAGAUGGGCUCUUUGUUAUUGACGCCAGGCUGAACAGACUCAAUAACUCUGAUGUUACCAUGGUUUGUCAGGUAAAUAACAGUCAGAUGGCUGACUGCACCUACAUGAAGGUGUCACGGAACCAGUACAAGUUCACAUUACACAACUUAAAGGCUGAUGACAUCAGUGGUCUGUUCCAGUGCGAGUUCUCAUUGUCAUCUGCUAUUACCAUGAAACCCAUCAAAACUGUAGUGGGGAACCCUUCCACCAAACUGCUGCCAGGACUAGCAGGAGAUGCUCCUUCCCCUCUACCUCCUCUACCUGCGUCUCCUGAGGCUGAGCUGAUUGACCAACUGAAGUGGAUUGUGAUUGGCCUGUCUGUGUUCCUCUGCUUCUACAGCUUCACCAUCACCUUCUUCUAUAUCAGGCUGAGGGUCCUUCGAUCUGAGGAGCUGUAUGAUUCACUGACAUACGUCCCCAUGCAGCCUAAUCAGACCCAACCUACGACGGGAAGAGGGAACAUUAAUUCAACCUACAUGGAUAUGAGGAAGGUACCAGUUGGAGUGAGAGGCUCACGAUCCAUCAACCACAAUUCCCAACUCUUUACUUGCUGACCAAGUAAAGAGACCUUCGACUGAUCAGAUCAAUCAAUCAGAUUCAGAACCAUUCCUUUUGAAGCCUAAUGUAUGAAAGAGCUGGUAACACUUCAAGGUCCAAUGCUUUAUUGGUUAUAAGAAUGUAUAGGAGGCUUUCUAAAGUCCCAUGAAAACAAUUAUUUCUUUACGUUGAUGACAUUUUGCACGUUGAUUCAGCAUCGUUACACUGAGAGAAAAAAAAGGUUUUGAAAUGAUGUGAAAACAACGUUGCGAUGCUGCUUACUAGUCUAGAAUGUGUUUGCUAUAAGUGCCUUAGUAAGGCUUUCCCGACUCGUCACAAUGAUUGUAGAAACAACAAAAAAAAGUGCUGCUUGUUAUAUUCAAAUGGAAUUUUAAUAAACUUAUGAUGCAUAUUGGAGAGAGCAGAGUGAUGUGGGAAAUCACAAGCUGAAGGAAUUAAGCAGACUUACUUAUUUCACCAAAAAAACAACAACAUUGAUUUCAAAGUUUAACAAACCAUAUAACUCUAUGCACAAGGAUGACUUUGAACAAUAUACACAGAAUAUGUCACCAAAAACACAUUUACUAGAAGAACAGUGAAGAUGCAAAGUUUGAUAACAGAAUUACGGUAAAAUUUCCCUCUGUAGUUUUUAUGCGACCACGUUUUUAUCAAAACUCUGAUAAAUAUCUUCUCCGAAUUAAGAUUCAAAGAUGUCUGAAGAAAAGAAUGACGUGUCAGCUGUCAUGUCCUGCCCAUAGAAAGAUGAUAUUUUCUAGGGUAGAGUAGGUCAGGGUUAUUCUAUGUUUUGUAUUUCUAUGUUCAGGUUCUAGUUUUGUAUUUCUAUGUUGGGGUUUUGUUUGGGAUGAUCUCCAAUUAGAGGCAGCUGGUCCUCGUUGUCUCUAAUUGGAGAUCAUACUUAAGUAGGUUUUUUUUACCCCACCUGGGUUUGUGGGAGAUUAUCUUUGAGUCAGUGUAUGUUUCACCUCUGCGUCACGGUUUGUUGUUUUUGUCAUUCAGUUUAUCUAUGUAUUGCAUAGUUUCACAGUGUAAAUAAAAUGUGGAGCGACACACACGCUGCACUUUGGUCCGCUCCUCCUUUCGACAACCGUGACAUCAGCUAUGACAUCACACGUUGAGUUUGACAUUUUUUAUUUUGGUUAUUGAACUACAGUAGGUGAAGUGGAUUUACAUCUGGGUAACAGAAUUGAGGUAACAGAAUUUCAUCAUGGGUCCCUGAUCUGUACUACACAGAAAUGCAUAAUUCUGAAUAUGAAUGUCAUUCUCAUCAUGGUGAUGUAUCCUAAAUAGAUACACAAAGGUAGAAAUAUGCAAUACUCUCCUUUGCAUAUUUGGGUAUUAUUCUACACACUGGCUAUUAUUCUAAUGAGCUCGGCCCCUAAACAUGACCAAAUUUGAUUGGUUCGGACCAGAUCUAAUCUGAACCAAUCGUAGGUGUCUAUGUUUCACAAGUUUGGACAUGAUAGUAUAGUACAGUAAAGCAGCGGUUCUCAAGCUAUUUGACCCGGGACCGUUGGUUCAAGAUUGUGUCCCCCAAAUGAUGUAUAUAAACCCUGGAUUGCUGAUGCCAUGUAUUUGCGAGGUUUUGAAGCCACAGGUCGGCCAUAUUGGUGCUCCCCAGAAGAAGCAGUCCUCCAUGGGAAUGAAUGGAAUUCCACAGUAUUUCAAUGAAAUGUUUCAAGGACAAAAUUACAUGUAUUAAAGUAUUUUCUUGUUGUUUUGAAGACAGUAAACUUUCAUUAAAAAUUAUACUUGACGGAAAAUGUUUUUUUUAUAUAUUUAAUAAAAAAUAUACAUAGGCUUUCAAUUGUCUGUAAUAGAAUAAACCUGGCAAAAACAUAAGUAGACAUUAAUAAAUGCAUUUUUUUUUUUAUAGCUUCUAAAAUAUUUAUUUUUUUACACUGGUGGGGGAGUGCUAAGAUGGAGGCGCGGUGGUUUCAAAACAGCGCCCUGUCUGUCGUCUAGUGUAUAUCUGAAUGAUUGGUCACUACAGCCAUGCAUUUUCAAAAUGCAACAUACAAAAAUAAACUGUGUUUUAACACCUGGAUUUUUA